UUUAAUCAACCACUACAUCAUAUAAGCAAAAGUCUUGUAUAAAAUCGAUUUAUUAGUAUUGUAAUUCACCGCUAUUUACUUAGAGUAACUCACGUCUAAGUCCAAGUGACCAAGUGUACAUAAUUUUCGCCGGUAGCGUGUCCAGUUUGAAUCAGACAGCUCACAACACUGUUUUAUCUAAAUUAUGUCAUUACUGAUCUUCAUCCGCAAGAGGAAAACUCCAGAAUUUAUCAUGAUUUCUUGUUACCCUAAUCAAACAAAUCUAUAGAUUAAGAUGAAGCAUUUGUCUACCGCCCCUAAUUUUGAUCUUCCUUAUGAUAUCUCCUUGAGAAUUGCAUCUUUCCUCCCGGUACGAGAUGUUUGUGCGCUUGGAAGUUGCUCUAAAUUCUGGAGGGAAUUAUGUGGGUCGGAUCAAUUAUGGGUUUCUCUUACUACGCAAAGAUGGCCUUCCCUUCAUUUAUUCCAUAAUUCUCCAAUUCCUGAUUAUUCCAAUCCUCAACCCUAUUCGGCCACUGGGGUGAUUGCUUGGAAGGCCUUUUAUGUUAGAAGGCACCUUGAGAUGGGAAGCAAAGUUUCAAAAUUUGUGGAGCGAUGUUCUUUCUCUGUUUCGUUGGAGGUUCAGGAUUAUCGUAAAGCAAUUGAUGAGCUCUGCUCAAUGAAGCUUGAUUUUAUGGAUGUACAGAUGUUUUUGUUCAAGCCCGAGUUGAACGUAAUGCUUAACUUGGUUGGAUUGCACUAUGGAAUCAACUGGCUUGGAGUGCCUCUGCAAUAUAUUCUGGAUUCCCUUAAAGGCUCCAAUAUAUCUGAGAGACAAGUUUCAAUAAAAUGGUGGAAAGUAGGCCGAUGGUCUCGUGGGUUUCGCUUGCGAGAUGAAGCUCAUCAUCGUGUGGUCUCAUUGGCCGAUCUUGCUACUGAAAAGCAAGAUCUUUUGGUUGUGCUUUGUAGAGGUGCUGUGUACGAGGUCAUACGUGUCCAAAUCGCUGUUGUGUAUCCAUUAAAUGUUCCUUGGACAUGCCAGAACUCGGUUCUUCCGGGGUUUGAGCGUAGUUGAUGCAGCUCUUGUGUGGUUUCCUGUAUAGUUAACUUAUCUACAUUCCUUCAUGUAUAUAUUUGGAAGGUCAGAUGGGGUAACCUAGACCCCCCACUCUCAAAAGAAACCUAUAUGAUAAAAAAUGGAAAAAUUCGAGAAACCAAAAUAAAUUCUUCAGGGCAUGAGAAAUUUCUGAACUGGGAUGCUGUACAUUUGCACAGAACUAAAGCUAUUGUAUAUUCAUCUAUACUGUAUAAAAAUCGACAAUUUACAGGCCCAAAAGAACAAAAAUCCUCCUUAUUCUUCUGUAAUUAAUGUGUUAAGCUGAUUUAUGGUGUCAGUUUGUUGAA